AUGGAUGGUCUCGGCAGUGUCCAUGGUGCUACUGAAGAAGCAGUUGGGGCAACAGUGAAGGUUGCGGUCCAGCACAACACCGAGGAACCUGUGGUGCCUGACCUGACCUGCCUUAAGGGAGAUCCUCCGAUGAGUAAUUGGAACCGGCGCAUCUCUUUCCGGAUCGCAGUGGUACUGGCCAUAUCGGCCCUCGUCCUCGCUGGGGGACAUGGUGGUCACGGUGGUCAAGGAGGGUACAGUCACCAACACAGGCACCAAGAUGACCACGGACACUACAAGUUUGGCUACGACAUCGUCAACCACUACGGUGCCAAGAACGGUCGCUGGGAGGCCGGGUCUGCUUAUGGUCCAGUCGUCGGUUCUUACUACCUGGGUGACAUCGACGGCAGACACCGUACCGUUAACUACGUAGCAGACAAGCACGGCUUCCGCGCCAUCGUCAAGACCAACGAACCCGGCACCAAGACUAGUCUUCCUGCCGCUGCACCUUACGUAUCUGCUCACGGAAAGCACGUUCCUGCUUACGGCCACGGUGGUUACGGUCACGGAGGUUACGGACACGGCGGCUAUGGUGGAUAUGGUCACGGAGGUUAUGGUGGAUAUGGAGGAUACGGUCACGGAGGCUACGGUGGUUAUGGACAUGGUGGUUAUGGAGGUUAUGGCCGCGGAUUCUAUGGUUAA